CCCCGCUCGCCUCCCGCCCGCCCCCGCCGCCGCUCCGCGCCUCCCUCCGCCUCUCCUUCCCCCAUUCUCCCGGAUUAAUUAAGGAGACAGCGGCUGGAGGCUGAGUCCUGGCCGCGGGCCGGGGCCGGGGCGCCGCUGGCAGGAGCGCUUGAGGAUCCUCCAAGGCGACCAUGGCCUUGCUGGGAAAGCGCUGUGACAUCCCCGCCAACGGCUGCGGGCCUGACCGCUGGACCUCCGCCUUCGCCCGCAAAGACGAGAUCAUCACCAGCCUCGUGUCUGCCUUAGAUUCCAUGUGCUCAGCGCUCUCCAAGCUGAACGCCGAGGUGGCCUGCGUCGCCGUGCAUGAUGAGAGCGCCUUCGUGGUCGGCACCGAGAAGGGGAGAAUGUUCCUGAACGCACGCAAGGAGCUGCAGUCAGACUUCCUCAGGUUCUGCCGAGGGCCCCCGUUGAAGGAGCCGGAGGCAGAGCACCCCAAGAAGGUGCCACGGGGUGAGGGUGGCAGCCGGAACAUCCCACGGUCUGCCCUGGAACAUGGCUCGGACGUGUACCUUCUGCGGAAGAUGGUAGAGGAGGUGUUUGAUGUUCUUUAUAGCGAGGCCCUGGGGAGGGCCAGCGUGGUGCCGCUGCCCUACGAGCGGCUGCUCCGGGAGCCGGGGCUGCUGGCCGUGCAGGGGCUGCCCGAGGGCCUGGCCUUCCGGAGGCCGGCCGAGUACGACCCCAAGGCCCUCAUGGCCAUCCUGGAGCACAGCCACCGGAUCCGCUUCAAGCUCAAGAGGCCGCUCGAGGAUGGCGGGCGGGACUCGAAGGCCCUGGUGGAGCUGAAUGGCGUCUCUCUGCUAGCCAAGGGGGCUCGGGACUGUGGCCUGCACAGCCAGACCCCCAAGGGGCCACCCCAGGACCUGCCCCCCACCGCCCCCUCCUCGUCCGUGGCCAGCUUUCUGUACAGCACGGCCCUCCCCAACCACACCGUGCGGGAGCUCAAGCAGGAGGCGCCCGCCUGCCCGCUUGGCCCCAGCGACCUGGGCCUCGGCCGGCCCGGGCCGGAGCCCAAGGCCCCCGCUGCCCAGGACUUCCCGGACUGCUGUGGACAGAAGCCCACUGGUCCUGGAGGUCCUCUCAUUCAGAACGUCCAUGCCUCUAAGCGGAUCCUCUUCUCCAUCGUCCAUGACAAGUCAGAGAAAUGGGACGCCUUCAUCAAGGAAACCGAGGACAUCAACACCCUGCGGGAGUGCGUGCAGAUCCUGUUUAACAGCAGAUAUGCGGAAGCCCUGGGCCUGGACCACAUGGUCCCCGUCCCCUACAGGAAGAUCGCCUGCGACCCAGAGGCUGUGGAGAUCGUGGGCAUCCCAGACAAGAUCCCCUUCAAGCGCCCCUGCACCUACGGAGUCCCCAAGCUGAAGCGGAUCCUGGAGGAGCGGCACAGCAUCCACUUUGUCAUUAAGAGGAUGUUCGACGAGCGAAUAUUCACAGGGAACAAGUUUACCAAAGACCCCACGAAGCUGGAGCCGGCCAGCCCGCCAGAGGACGCCUCUACGGAGGUGGCCCGUGCUGCCGUCCUGGAUCUGGCUGGGACCGCCCGGUCAGACAAGAGCGGUCUCUCCGAAGACUGCGGGCCAGGAACCUCUGGGGAGCUGAGUGGGCUCAGACCCAUCAAAAUCGAACCAGAGGAUCCGGAUAUCAUUCAGGUCACUGUCCCAGACCCUUCCCCAGCCUCUGAGGAAAUGACAGACUCAAUGCCUGGACAUCUGCCCUCAGAAGAUUCUGGUUACGGGAUGGAGAUGCUGACUGACAAAGGCCCCAGCGAGGACCCUCGGCCCGAGGAAAGGCCAGUGGAGGAUAGUCACGGCGACGUGAUCCGGCCUUUACGGAAGCAGGUGGAGCUGCUUUUCAACACGCGAUACGCCAAGGCCAUUGGCAUCUCGGAGCCUGUCAAGGUGCCCUACUCCAAGUUCCUGAUGUACCCAGAGGAGCUGUUUGUGGUGGGGCUGCCUGAAGGCAUCUCCCUCCGCAGGCCCAACUGCUUUGGGAUCGCCAAGCUCCGGAAGAUCCUGGAAGCCAGCAACAGCAUCCAGUUUGUCAUCAAGAGGCCUGAGCUGCUCACGGAAGGAGUCAAAGAGCCCCUCGCGGACAGCCAAGAGAGGGAUUCCGGGGACCCUCUUGUGGACGAGAGCCUGAAGAGACAGGGCUUUCAAGAAAAUUAUGACGCCAGACUCUCGCGGAUCGACAUUGCCAACACGCUGAGGGAGCAAGUUCAGGAUCUGUUCAAUAAGAAAUAUGGGGAGGCCUUGGGCAUCAAGUACCCGGUCCAGGUGCCCUACAAGCGGAUCAAGAGUAACCCCGGCUCAGUCAUCAUCGAGGGGCUGCCCCCGGGGAUCCCAUUCCGAAAGCCUUGCACCUUUGGCUCCCAGAACCUGGAGAGGAUCCUCGCGGUGGCUGAUAAGAUCAAGUUCACCGUCACCAGGCCUUUCCAAGGACUCAUCCCGAAGCCUGACAGAUUCUUUACCAUCUGAGCCACCAGGGAAGCCCCUUGGAAAUGCUUUCUCUGCCCACGUGGUACCGGAGAGGAUGGCAGACUGCCUGGAAGAGGAGACGGGAAUGUGGCCUUGGCCCCAGGCCUCGGAGGUGGAACUGCCAGCGCCUUUCCAGGCAUUGGCUCCCCGGGCCAGGUGUCAGCCCGGAGGGGCCGGAGCAGGCCAGCUCUGCGCUUACUCAUGCCACUUGUCACACUGGGCUGGGAAGGCGUCCAGGCUCCCUGGGGCCUCCGAGGGUUCACCAGAGGUCACUGGGUGCCACUCCUGCCCCAGAAAGGGCUGUCCCCAGACUGUCGGAAAGUCACGGAAGCCUGAUAGGGGCCAGCUCCCGGGGUUCCAAGGGGAAUGGGGUCUAGAGAUCGGGUCUCGAGGGAAGGUGGAACGGUGGCAGGCGCCAGAGCCUGGAGGAAGGGGGGCUGUACCGGAGGCGGGAGCCCUGGGCACAUGGAGGGGUGGCAGAUAAUGUGUUUUGGGGUUGAGGGCUGAGGCAGUGUGGGGGCCAUGGGAGAGCACAGGCUGGCGUGCGGACAGACCCAGGCUGAGAGCCCUGACCCCUCUUACUAACCAUGUGGCUCUGGGAUCAUUAUUUCUCAUCUCCAAGCCUCCACUUCCUCUUUGAUGAGAUGGAGCUGGUCAUACCUGUUUCCCCAGGUGAUCUGGGUGGCUCAGUGGUGGGCAGCGGUGGGUCAGCCGUGGAGGACGGUUUCCCCCUGCUGAUGACUCAGAGAAGUAUUUGUAAAGUUGUCAGUUCUGGACCAGCUGUGAUGGGAAGGGCUCAGCCGGUGGGGUUGGCAGUCAUUACUGUUAUUCCAGGGGGUCAGGAAGGCUUCCUGGAGGAGGUUCUCUCUCUCUUUUUUUUUUUUGGCUCUGCUGGGUUUUUAUUUGAUGCAUAUGGGCUUUCUGUAGUCGUGGCGAGCAGGCUCCUCUUCACUGAGGUGUGCAGGCUUCUCUUGUGGAGCGUGGGCUCUAGGCAAAUGGGCUUCAGUAGUUGUGACUCGAGGGUCCAGAGCUCGGGCUCAAUCAACUUGUGGUGCACGGACUCAGUUGCCCGGCAGCAUGUAGAAUCUUCCCGGACCAGGAAGAGAACCCGUGUCCCCUGCUUUGACAGGCGGAUUCUUAACCACUGGACCACCAGGGAUGUCCAUAAAUGGCUAUUCACUAUUAUGAUGAUACAUUUCUUCCAGAUUUCCCCCAAGCUUAUUAAUUGUAUAUCUUGUGCAUUCUAUAAACUUACAAGCAUGCAUGCUUAAAAGAUAAGCAUUUUCCUGUGUCUUUAAAUCACUUUA